AAAUCAUCUUCUCUUUGGUUUCACUCCCCCGCUGUCAUUGAGCUCUUCUAUCACAAGAGGAGGAAGUUAACAAAGGAGCUAGUUACCUAUGAAGAUGACAGACUUUUACUUUUACCAUCUAUGAAAAGCAUAAAAAUGCAGAGUCAACGUCACCUCAUUUAGGCUCAUUUAUUUGCUCUUUAACUAAAUAAUCUGAUGAUUAUUGUGCUUAAGAGCUAAAAUAAAGCCAGGCAUGUUCAGAUUUAAAACCCAUUUCUAAUGCAGGCAGUUAUAGGGAGAAACCGUGACUUUAUAGGCACCAAACAUUCUGUUUUAGUGUGAACACAGCAUUAAAAAAUUCCAAGCUCUAAACUUAAUUUUGUUGGGUUGAAAUGUGCUUUAUUCAUCUGUUUUCAUGUUAAUUAAAGCUGUUUUUCACCUUUCAGAAAAUGAAGUGAAAAAAUAAAGUUCCCUCUUUUCAUUUUGUGAUCAUUCCUUUGUUAAAUAUGAGUUUUGUUUUGUGCUUUGACACCUGUUUCUUUUAAAUAGAAGCAAGUCAUUCGUGAUUCCUAUUCACAGCUGGUUUCUUCUGAACAGUUUAAGUUCAUUUUACAAGCGAAGAAGUAAAGUCAGAGGUGGGUUUAUAUUUUUUGUCUUUUGUUUUUCUGAUUAAAUGACAUAAUUAUAAGUCUAAUAAAUCAGUGUAUCUAAUAGUGGAAUAAAUUCAAAUCUGAGUUGGUUUAUUCAGGUUUAGAGCAGAUGAAUCAAUUAGUUUGUGGGAACAAAAAAACCCAUUUCCACUUCCUCUGCUGGGUUGCAUAAAGCAGCAGUGACUCACCACACACAGUCUUAUUCUCAGGCUGUGGAAAGAAAAUGCAGCUGGAGGAUCUAAACGUUACAACAGAACCGUGCGGACGGGCGUUUAGCAUCCAAAUACAAAAUAUAAUCUGAUCUUAAGAAGGUGACUCAGAUAAAAGCCAUGCUUUGUGAAGGGACACUGCUGAGCAUGGCCUAUGGGGAGGUGGAGGAGGUGGACAUCAGACCCACUCAGGUUUUCCACAGCUCUCAUGAAUCCUCUCUCAUAACAAACUCCCACGGCCCUUCUCCACUUGUUCAUCACUGCUUCUCGAUGCAAACAGAUCACACUGACGACACAAGUGAUUCGGCAGACUUAUACAACUCUCCUCUGCAGUCCUUUAACGUCCAGGGAAAUUACGUGGGCAGGCAGAUAUCUCCAGAGAUAGAAAUCCCUGACCAGGCGCACUCAGGGGGUGACACUCCCUUUUUGGUUCCCACUUUCUGCCAGAGCAUCUGUGAAAACUACAGCGACCUUCAUAUUGGAGGUGAACAGGUUCUGCCUGUCUCUGCUGCUGAAGGAGAGCUCCGGGUUUGUAAUGAAGCUCAGGCUGUAGGUCCUUUCCUUCAAUCAUGUGACGUCCCUCCAGCUGUGGAGGACUCCCUCUCAGGACAAGCCUCCCAGGGUGGUCCUCUGUCUCUGCUGAGGAGGGGAACGAGCCACUGGCGACAGGGAAGCGGCCGUGAUCGGAGCUUUCUGUUCCAGGGCCGUGAGGGUCCUUUCUCCAACUCCCUCUUGAACCACUACCUGGAGCAAAAGAUCCUGGAUCUGUACCAGCAGUACAUGAUGGAGAACAUGGUGAGAGAAAAGGCCCCAGGUUCAAAUGCGGAUGCUGGCAUCAUUUGCCCUCUUCUGGGCUCAGAGCUGGUUCUGACGAGCGUCGACCAGAUCACGCUUCAGCUGAGUCGGGAGGGAAACCUGGAGGCCGGUCUGGCUAAGGACAUGGUCCUGAGCUGCCUGCUGCGGGUGGCCAGUGACCUACAGUCUGGUGAGAUCAGCACCCCCUUCCUCCAGAUUUCAAGUGAAGCAUCCAGGGAGCAGCUGACAGACAGUAAACCGGAGUAAACACAAAAACUCACAGUUAUUACAAAACUUAAUCUUUUUGGAUAUCUUCAUGUAAACAGACAGUAAACACAAUGUGUUGUGUCUGUUUUUAUUUCUGAGUCAAUAAAUAAGAACUGAAACCCGAAA